UGGGAAGGUGCCAGCCAUGGCGGCCUCUGAGAGACCUGAUUCAGAGGUAGAGGAGGCUGGACAGGUCUUCCUCUUGAUGAAGAAGGACUACCGAAUUUCACGCAAUGUGCGCCUGGCCUGGUUUCUUGGUCGUUUGCAUCAGGUUAUCUGUGCAGUGCCUGAACCGGAACUGGUUAAAUCAGACAAUGAGUUGGAUAUUCUCAGCAUACUGCCAAACAGCUGGCAACCUGAUGAACCUGUGCAGCCCAGGCCAUACCUCCUAGUGCCUUCCACACAAGUCACUUUCCUUGCACGCCAGUACCGUUUUGUGAUUGAACUGGACCUGAGCCCAUCUACAGGGAUUGUGGACGACUCUACAGGGGAGAUCAUUUUUGAUGAAGUGUUCUAUGCCCUCUCCCGGUGUUUAGUGGGAUUGUUAAAACCCUUUCGAAUCCCAGGCUCAGACAUUAUCUACCAACCUGAGAUCUUCAUCACUAUCCAAGCAUAUUCUUCCAUCAUUGGCCUGCAGACACACCAGGUGCUGUUCCAGGGUUGUCUUCUUGAUGAGACCAAAACAGAGGCCUUCCUGCAGCAAGUAUAUAUGCAGCUGUGCGCCUUUGAAAAUAAAGUGGCUGAGAUGCUCCAGCAGCAAUAUGAGCCCAAAACUCAGGUGGACUUGUCAUCCCUCAACCAGGAGCGUCUGUGUGAUCCUCAGGAGCCCUUGGGGAGAAAGUUGGGUGUUUCCAUGGUUACUGCUGAUGUUGGGCUUGUCAGCAUGAUUCGACAGGGAAUUCUGGCACUGCAGCUGCUGCCUUCCAACUCCAGUGCAGGGAUUAUUGUGAUCACGGACGGUGUCACCAGUGUCCCAGAUGUAGCUGUUUGUGAAACUCUGCUCAACCAACUGCGCAGCGGGACUGUGGCCUGUUCCUUUGUUCAGGUUGGGGGAGUCUACUCCUAUGACUGCAGUUUUGGUCAUGUCCCCAAUGUGGAACUCAUGAAGUUCAUUGCCAUGGCAACAUUUGGCGCAUAUCUUUCCACAUGUCCUGAGGUGGAGCCUUCUAGUUUGGACCUGAAUGUCUAUCACAAAGCAUUUCUGCUGUACUCCUUUCUGCGCAGUGGGGAAUCCCUGAACCCUGAGUAUUACUGUGUGUCCCAGCACAGACUCUUCAAUGAACACCUUAUCUCCGCAAGCAGCAACCCUGCCUUGGCUAUGAGGCGGAAGAAACAUACAGAGAAGGAGGUGCAUGCUGAUCUUAUCAGUAUCGUCUCUGUGCGGCUGCGAGAAGGUUAUAGUAUCCGUGAGGUCAAUGUCACAAAAAGUGGCACUCAGCUAGAAGUGAAGCUAGUCUUGCUGUGGAAGCACAACAUGAGAAUUGAGUACCUGGCCGUGGCCCCAUGGCCCCUGGACCCUUCGAAGCGUAGCACAUGGGUGGAGGUGACUAUGGAGGGCAGCUAUGACAUCUUGCAUGACAUCAGCUGCACAAUGCGGAAGCCCAUCACCAGCCUGUACCGCACAACUGUGAUACGCCGCUUUUGGAAUACCCUGCAAAGCAUCAAUCAAACUGACCAGAUGCUGGUUCAUCUGCAGUCCUUUGACAGUGUUCCGGAGCACUUCACCAUCCCUGAAAGCACGAGGAACGGGGUGCCACUGUUCUACAUUCCUCCAGGUUCCACUACACCGGUACUGUCAUUGCAGCAUAGCAGCUCAGAUUCCUGUCACUCGCAGUUUGCAGCUUACUGGAAGCCCAUCCUGUCGAUGGAUGCCAACUUCUGGCAGAGGUGGCUGCACAUGCACCGCAUUGUUAUCCUCUUGGAACAUGACAUGCCGGUCCCAAAGCAUUUGCACACCCCAGGCAACAAUGGGCGCUAUAGCACUAUCCAGUGCCGCAUCUCGCACUCAGCACUGACUUCUUUGCUGCGCGACUGGAGUAGCUUUGUGCUGGUAGAAGGCUACUCCUAUGUCAAGCUCAUGCGCAGCUCUGAGGAUCAGCCUCCUUUUUCGUUUUACGUGGUGCGGAUCAUUUCCAAAAACCCCUGCAUGGUUCUUCGGCUGGGAUUCCCCAUCGGGACGCUUGCGAAGAUCAGGAACGAAAUCGUAGAUGAAUUAAGAGGUCGUAUCCUGCAGCUACGCUUCCCACACAGAGUACAGAGCAAAGAGGCAACUCCGAAAGUGAAGAGGAAGGCCCUUGGUGGCAGCUCCCCGUCAAAGUCGCCUCCUGUGCCUGGGGCCCAGCCAACCCUCUCAGACAGACCUUGCCUUAUAGUGCUGCAUAAGCCGCUGGAGAAACUCCUGAUCAGAUAUGAGAAACUGCCCUCUGACUACCGUGUUCCUUGCCUUCUCCUCCCCCUGGAGACUCCCCCCAUGUCGGGCCCUCUCACCCUGGUGGCCAACCGCACAGCUUCCUCCACCCUGGCCUCCUUGUCUCGCUACUUCUAUCACCAGCGCUGGAUCUGGUGUGUGCAGUCGGGGCUGGUACCCGCAGUGCCCAUCACAGCGGUGGCACAGCUGCUGUCCACUCUCACAGAGGUUCGUCUGUCUGAAGGCUUCCAUUUUGCAUCCAGUGGCGAUGGAAUUAUCAGCAUGGUAUUAGAGUUGCCCAUGAAGAGUGAUUCCUCAAGAGAGAGUGGUAAUGAGAAGCACACCUGCAUUGUCCAAUAUGUGCUGUUCCCUCCACAUUCCACUUCUACCAAAGACAGUUUUUCUACAGAUGACGACAAUGAUACAGAGGUGGAGGCCAUCGAGGUGGACAUGGAGCUGAACCUUGUGACGGAGUGCUGGGUGGAGCCACAAAGCGGCUGUGUGGAUGGUUCACUGGACAGCUGGCGGCACUUGCAUGGCCUUUCUUAUCAGAAAAUCCCCAAAGCGCUCUACCCUCGAGAUCUGAUGUGCAUCCAUACCAUGCUUGCCUUUGAGUAUAUCAGCCAACUGUGCCAGAACAAGGACUGGGUCUUCCCUGCCUGCGAUCCAAGGCCCACUACUGCUGAAGGUCGUGAUGCUGGAAGUGGCUCCCGUGUGAAUGAGAUUCCUUUCCAGUUUGAUCUCAUGAAGCUACUGCCCAAGUGUCAGCAGAUUGAAAUGUUUUUCCUGAUGCUAACUGGAGAGGAGGAUGGGAUCGCAAAGGAUUCUUCGGUCUUGCCCAAUGAGAUGCUUCUUGGCCUGUUACAUGGCUGUCUCCAGCAUGACCUCAGUGACAGGGAGAUCAUGCUAUCCGGCCCAGAUCACAUCACUUUCAUGGAGCAGGUGCUGCAUCGAGAAAGAGAUGGGCACCCACCCCCAUUUAUGCUCCCCGUGGUCCAAGAGCCCACAAAGUCCUCCAUGCCGCCUGAAAAUCUGGGUCCGACGAACGCUUACCUCUCUGUUGGCAACAAAGACAUGGCUCCCUCUGCAAGUACACGCCAGGCUUCAGACAAUGCAGAGGGUUCAAGAAAUGAUACCUCUCCAGCAUCCGAUGCUUUUUCCCCCCAAUGGCGAUGCUAUGCCAAACUGGUGAAUCCACAGCAUCUUUUCCUCACCUUCCUACCAGCUACAUUCCCAGACAUACAGAGAUUGAUGACUUACGAGCCAGAAAAACCUUCCAAAGAUGCAGAGCUAAUACCUCCUCAAGGAGCCAAGGAGCCGGAAACUGUGGGGUUGCUUCCAACCGUCAGUGUUACACCAGCCAAUGAAACUGGCCAGGACUCAGGAGAUCCAGAUGCUGCUCCAAGGAGAGAAGGACGCAUCUCCUUCAGCCGCCAGCCAUCUCAGCCUGACCUGGGCGAGAGCUGCCGAGCCCGCUGCCCUGUUUAUGUCUACAGCUGCUCCUUGGAGCUGCUGCGGGAGCAGAUGAUCAGCGCCAGGCCAGAUAAGCCUCUGCGGGAUAUUUUUUUCAGAAGCCAGUCUGUGGAGCGCCCCACCAGUGCUCCCUGGCUAGAUCCCAAGCAUAAGGAAUUGGUGAGUUACUGCACCUUGCUGCAAGAACAUUCCCACCAGUGCUAUGUGAAAGGGCUGUUCCGGAGCCUGCAGCAGGGUCACAACAUCAGCUGCCCCGACCUGCUCAUAGCCAUGGAUUACUGUGAGGAGCUUCUGCAGGAAAUAGACAUCACUAGCUUCCUCCUUACACUGUGCAGUCACGUACGCUCCUUCUGUGAGCGCCACCAGCGCCUGCCCACCAGCCUGGAGGGGGACGUGACGCCAGCCUCCCGAAGGCGGGGCGUGCUAGUUUCGGUUUCCAGUGCUGAAACAGAGGAUUUUAGCGAACCAGAAUCCCAUGUCUCUGCCUGUCCUUCCCAAGAGCCCAGCCAGAGCUGCUGUCCAGAGUUCCCCCUCUCGCUGCUAGACAGCAGCCAACCCUGCGAAGUGUACCCUGACUUGCAGAGGAUCAUCCAGGAGAAGUUCUUGGAGAUUGGUAGCUUGCAUUUUAAGCCAGUGCCAUCCAAUCCUCAUUAUUACUUCUAUUGCCCUCCUUCUGCCAAAAAAGAGGAGGAGACCUCACGGGACCAAGCAGAUAGGAAAUGCAGUGAAGACGUAGAGAGCUCAGAAACUGAUCUGGCAGCUGAUGAAGGGAAUGCGUCCGCCUGCGGCAUCUGCACUGAGAGCGACCCUGAGCUGGAGGUGGAAUAUCGGGAGCGGUUGGACCACGAGUUCCUGGAGACAGACUCCCUGUCGGACUCCAACACUGUGAACCAGGACGAGGACUCCUUCAGCGUGCUGGGAGACUCCCUGGCAGAGCAGGAGCUGCUGGAGCAGGACAUGCCGCCCCUCUUUGUGCACCUGACCUGCUCCGUGAAGCUGCGCAGCCAGCACAGUUCCAUGCCCGUUCGCUCGCUGCCCACCUGCCUGGGAGAGGUGCUGGGCUGCCUGGAGAGCUGUAAGGCGCUGCACGCCAUCGACCUUUCCGACCUCUGCGUGACCCUUGACAUUUUUGUCCUGACCCUUCCCCUGGAUAUCGAAAUGGUGAACGAUUUGCAUCACAAUCGGUACACCUCUGAGAGUAGUGUCUCGUUCACCCGUUCCCCAGGGCGGCCCUCCUCCUUCCGCUCAGAUGAGGAGCUUAUACACACCUUGGAUAGGCUGCCAUCAACUGUGGAUGAUGGGCAUCCCGCACUCUCCAAUCUUCCUGGAGUGCACAGACAAGCUGUUGAAGCCACGAUGACGGAGAUCCGCUGGCUCUUGGACGAUGAGAUUGUGUCAGCGUUACGCCACUCACGUCCAGUCACCGUGGACACUUUGAGCCGGGUGGCUGCCCAUGUUAGAAGUUCUCAAGGCCGUCCAAGUUGCCAUUGCGAGGCUGUCCCAUUGCAGUUUGUGUUUGGGCCUGAGAGCUCUCUGGAAAGGUUUCGUGAGGAGUUCCAGAGAAUGACUCUCCCUGGCUACUUACUUAAUGCUGAGGGGAAUGAUUUUUACUACGUUUCUGUCAGUCGCCUGCAUGGCCCGCUAGGUGGGCCCAGCUCUUCAGCCACUCUUGAGAGCACUAUGACCGGAGGUCGGUGCGAAAGCAGCAACAAAACAGAAGGCUCUCUGCCCUGUUCUACUCCCCCUGAGGAUGCUCAUGGUCUCUGGGCAUGGCCAGCAAGUGAGAACAAGGCUGGGCUGGAGUCAGGAGAAUUCCUGGGCAUAAGCAGCCACGUGCAUGGUGAGAUGUUGGACGAGAUUCCACAACAGGAUCAGGCCAUUCCUUUGGAGCGUGGCUCCCUGGAUGAGGAAGCUACUUUGAUCCAGCCACAGCCUCUGCCUUGCUCCUCGGAGAAGUGGAACACUGAGAAAUACCCGUCGGCAGCAGCGUCUGUAGCCAGCCUGGCAGACUCUGUGACCCCAGGUUGUGGGAAGCCACGUCCCAGUCGGGUGCAGAGCCUGGUGUCGAGCCAAGGCAGUAUGGAUUCUGAUCUCCUAGGGUAUGACGGUGGCAGCAGUGAUUCUGAAUGUGAGGAGGCAGUGAUGAGCGACCUGGAACCCAAGUGCCCCCUCAUGCCUGACUUCUGGCUGAUCAUAAAGAUCCACCAGGACCGGGUGGAAGUCUAUUCCCAUACACGCAGCUUGAGUGCAGUGAAAGCAUCACAGAACGAAGAAGGGGAAUGUGUACAUCUUCACCGUAAUGUGGUGAAGAAAAUUGGCGAGAUCUGCCGCAUUGUUAACCAGCGGUUGUUGCUACAAGACCUGCACGACAGUCACAUUUGCAAUUCUCUGCUGGUGGCUGAGAGUGAGGAGGAUAUCUGGAAAAGCGAAACACCGUACACCUAUCGGCAGCGCGUUGGGCCUGAUGAUUACCCUGGAGAGGAGAGCUACCAGUCCCGUGACUAUCUUGCAGCCACUAUGCAAUUCAUCCCUGGACACUUUGCCUGUGAUGCAGUCUGGAGCACCACCAUCCAUGUACAUUCACGGCUCAAGAUGGGGCCCAAUAUGGGUGUCGCACGUGCCAUCCAAGCGCUGCGCUCUGUGCUCAAUGCCUUUUCAGUUGUUAACAGGAAGAAUAUGUUUGUUUACCAAGAGCGUUCAACCAAGUCUGUUUUCUACUUACGACUUUCCGAAACCACCGCCGGUGGGAAAGGCGGGGAAGGUGAAAUUCAGAGCCUUGCAUGUCGUUCGUUGGCACUUUCACGCAGCCAGGAGCCCAUAUACAUUGAGGACAUGACUGGCUCUCGCUCGUCCUUGGAGACAGCCUCUUGCCGCAGUGUGGAUUCGGCCCGGCCCGUGAGCCAGGUGGACAGGCACAUCCAGCUAGUGGUUCACGGAGUGGCACAGGCAGGACCUGAGAUCACAGAUGAGCUGGUGAAGGUUCUACGCAGGCGUCUGGAUGAGGCCACCUUGGAUAUCAUCACGGUUAUGCUCGUGAGGAACUGCAAACUCACCCCGGCUGAUGUGGAGUUCAUACAGCCGCCUGGCAGCCCGCCCACUGAAGUGCUGCAGUUUGCUCUCCCCCCUUCCUGCCUGCCCUGGCUCCCAGCUGUGGCCUGCUAUCUACGUCAGAACCUGUUGAUCUUCCUGCACACACCCAAGUACACAGACAGCAACGUGGGGAACCACUUCAAGCACUAUUUUCACCAGAGCAGUAGUAGCCCCGACCAGGAUCUUUACCUGUACAACAAGCCUGGAGGCCAGGGCACGGGUGGCAAAGGCAUCGCGUGCAUUGCCCUUUCCUUUGUGGACGACGGUGGCAAUCCGAUCUCGUUGGCUCGCUGGGUGCAGCCCGCCACAGCCCUGCUGAGCACGUCGUUUCUGCAGGAGGCAGAUUUCGAGAGCUUGACUGCUGUCAGCAAGCACCAGGCUGAGCCUGACCCAUCGAAGCCAGCCCUCUGUCCUCUGGUGCGCCUCGACAUCUGGGAGAAGGGGAACAUCAGCUUGCUGCAGCUUUCCGAGCGGCUGCGCAGUGCUCUGCGCCAUGCCCUCUGCGAUGCCCUCAUGGAGUUCCGUGUCCUGCCCAAUCCAUUGUGUUUUGAGCCGUCCGCUGAGCUGGAGGAUCCAGGGAAUGUGGGAAGUCUGCACCGGACGAUGUCUGAAUCGAAGGGGCUGAAGCGGCCUGCCGGAGGCAGGGGUUGUCCUCCCUCCCUGCCUUUCGCUGGGCCCACUGCUGGUGCUGCUGCCGCCGUUGGCGAGCCAGUCACACCCACCAACAGGAUGGGGCGACGCAGCUUCUGGGACAUGCUGAGCAAACCAGAGAUGGUAGAGCAAGGAAGCCCCAAGACCACCGACGACAUCGUGCUGGAGCGGCCUGAGGAGAGCCGCACCCGCCGCCGCCACAAGACCGAGUGCGUCAAGCAGCAGCCCUCGAGCCAGGAGCGCAUGGCUGCAGCUGCUGAGCAGGGCCAGAGCCAGAGGCAAGCGCGGCGCUGGGCCUGCCAACUCGAGGAGGGAGACGUAGGAAUCCUGCACCCAAUUUUCAGUCAGACCUGCCAGUCCUGGAUGGCAUUCAUGAACCGCCUGGGGUGUCCCUCUGUGCAACAAUGUGCCACGGAGAGCGUGUCCCGCUUCCUGCUCUCCUCCGUCAUGCUUGAGUUCGUGAACCUAGUGACCACUUUGGCAAAUGACACCUCCGUCAAAGUGUUUGAGAAGGUCAGUGGUCCCCAAGGGAUGUCCUUCGUGCCCUAUUCCCUGACACCCAGCACCAGCGCUCGGCCAGCGGUGGUUCGACACUUCACCCUGCUGGGGCGUAGCUUCCACCAAUGGCGCUGCAGCACAGAACAAGCCCUCAAAGGAUUCCAGCAUUUUGAGGCCGCUGAGCUUGGCUCUGCAGAGAAGGGCUGUGAUGUAGCCCCCCGGCAAAGGUUCCUGUUCAUGGAGAUCAUUGACAAAAAGCUGGUGCUUUACACCUACAAUUGGUCUGUGGACUUGGGCAGCGCCCUGAGCAGCUCCCUGACGCGCUUGCUGCAGUGGCAGAAUGCCCGUGCCCAUGUGGUGCACUGCCUGCUCAGCCAGAAGCUGGGCCUCUUCCACCACUACUGCUACAUGGACACUCCGUGGCACGAGGACAGCAAACAGGAGCCAAAUCCCUUCCUGAACUCCACCCUAGAUGUGGACACCCUGAUUCGGAGCUCCAGCGUCCCUCCCAGCAAAGAACAAGGUCGGCUCAGCAGCUCCGCACGCACCUUGCCGCCUCUGCACUUUCCUCCCGACAUGGUGCCCUUUGAUGAAGCCCUUCGGGAUGUCUCGGUCAACCGGCCCAUCAUUAUCAGCCCAGAGCCAGCUGCCCUCGACCGUGUAGCCCAGCAUGGAGCUCAGUUCUUGGAGAUCAAGAACAUUGAGCGGAAAGAGCUGGAGAAACAGAUGAAGAUUGAGAACCUCUUUGUGACAUGGCAACAGCGAUCUGCGCAGUCCAACAUGCCCAUCAGUCUUGCAGAUCUGGAAACCCUGAAGCAGUCGUCGCGCUUGGUCCAUUACUGUGCCACUCCGCUACUCUUCGAUCCCAGUUUCCGGCAGCAGAUUCAGGCGGACCAACAAAGCAAGCCGGAAGGAAAGAAGCGGCACCGCUCGAACGACUCCACAGCGUCCAGCCGGGACCGCAGCCACAGCUGUGACUCUGCCGAGGGGUUGCCCUGUCGGACCAAGGAUGAGGCCUGGCUGCUGGAGCUGUGCCACACUUUCCUGCAGCAAUAUAUCCAGUACCUGCAGAGCAUGGGCUUCAUCCUGGUGCAGGUGCGCCCUGCCUCACCCACCCGCAGCAGCACCAGCCGGAUCAGAGCUCUGGCAGCAAUGAGCAGCGAGGCGCGGGGCUCCUUCUCCUACACCAGGCCCAAGGCUGAUGGGAGCCCAAAGAGCACCAGCCCUCCGGUCACCGUCUACCAUUUGCAGAGAGCUCUGCCUGGAGGCAUCGUGUUAAUGGAGCUUGCUUUCCAGGGCUGCUAUUUCUGUGUGAAGCAAUAUGCGCUGGAGUGCUCCCGAAUCCCCAUGGGCCAGACUGUCAACUCACAGCUUUCUAUGCUCUUCACGGAGGAGUGUGACAAGGUACGUGAUCUCAUGCACGUGCACUCAUUCAGCUAUGAUUUCCACCUGCGUAUUGUACACCAGUACUUGCUUGGAUCUCACAUGGCACUGCGACAAGGUUAUCAUCUCACCAGUUUCCUGGAAGACUUCAUUGCUCAGCACCCUGAUAUCCCUAAGUUUGGACGCAAUCACAUCUUCCAAGGUGCCCUGGGCUUGCCUACCAAUACCAUCACAGCCCACCAGCUGUACAACUAUAUCACUGACCAUGCCAGCACCUACCAUAUGAAGCCGCUGCGCAUGGCCAGGCCAGGGACCAGCCCUGAAGGGAAGAAGGGGAAUCCUGGCCUCGAGCAAAAUGAGUACGCCCUAGUCUCCAUCUGGAACAGCUCAGGUUCCUACAAGGAUUCAGAGGGGCUACGUCACCACGAUGACUUUGAUGUGUCCAUGUUGGUGUGCCACAGCGCUGCGCCCUUUGAGGAGCAGAGUGAGUCAGAGCGACAUAUGCUACGGUUGCACUUUUACGUGAUCAUGACAAGCCAAAGGGAGCUGUUCCCGCGACUAACUGCUGACAUGCGGCGCUUCAAAAAGCUGCCCCGCCUACAGCGGGAGGCACUGGAACCAGUUCUGGGACGUGCAGCGUGGGAGACGACAGAGGAGGGCUGGCAGCGGAAGGAAGCCCCAGAGCCCUGGGAGGAGGUGGAGGACAGUGGGGAGUUCUAUGCCGGCGGCCCUCAGGUCAAGGUGGGGCCUGGGCUCUUCUACACAUCCCCACUGUUUCCACUGCUUGCCUCGGAGGUGGCUGCUGCCCAGAAGCAGCUCAGCAACAUGGUGCAGCUUGCCAAGUGCCACUGCCGCCGUGACAACCUCUGGAAGCGGCUCUUCCUGCUGGAGCCCCUUGCCUCUGACAAACUGAAGCUGGGCAAGCUCUCGCUUGGUGAGCUGGAAGAACUGCUGGAUGCCGUGCACAGGAAAUCCAUUGCUGACAUCGAUCCCCAGUUGAGCUGCUUCCUCACCAUGACAGUCUCCUGGUACCAGAGUCUCAUCAAGGUGCUACUAAGUCGUUUCCCACAGAGCUGUCGCCAUUUCCAGAAUGCAGAUGCUGGUACCCAGUACCUGGUCGUUCUGAACCAGAAAUUCACGGACUGUUUUGUGCUUGUUUUCCUUGAUUCCCAUUCAGGAAAAACGAGCCUGACGGUGGUUUUUCGGGAGCCGUUCCCAGUACAACCGCAGAACAGCGAGAGCCCCUUGCCACAGCUCGUGUCCACAUACCACCAUCUGGAAUCUGUCAUAAACACAGCUUGCUUCAACCUCUGGACAGGGCUGCUCUAAUAUUGGCUGAUCCUUCCUGUUUGGGACAUGCUGCACAGCCCAGCUGUCAUGGGGCUGGAAUGAAGGAGAUGCCACUGCCUGACGUGAAGCUACUGCUGGCUGAAUCACCGGUCAGAACACUUUGAAGGACUCUGACUGAGCUGGAUGGAAUCACAAAGGGAGUGGGACUGCGCGGAGCCAGGGGCACAGCAUGGCCAGCCCAGCUGAAAGGAUGGCACAUGCUUUCCCAAAGAAAC